CUUACGUUUUUUUCUCCCAGACAGAAGAUGGAGAACUUCAUCCUGUAUGAGGAGCUGGACAAGGAGGGCGGCUUUGUUUUCUAUAAAGGAAGAAGAAAGGGCAGCCUCUGCUAUGUGGCCAUCAUCUGCACAGACAAAACCCAGAGACCGGAGAUCACGAACCAUGUACGUCUGAGCCAGGAUCUGGAUCAUCCACAUAUUGUACGCUUCUAUGAAUGGUUUGAAACAAGUAAGAACCUGUGGGUGAUCGUGGAGCUCUGUUCAGGUGGUUCCUUGGAGUCUGUGGUUACUCAAGAUAGAAGUCUUCCAGAGGAUAUUGUGAGAAGGUUUGGAUGGGACUUGGUCAAAGGAUUAAGACACAUCCAUGGUUUGGGAAUCAUCCUGUCUGAUUUAAACCCUGCAAAAAUUCUUCUGGAUGCCAGCGGCAUUCUGAAGUUUAGUGACUUCUGUCUGUCCAAGAAUGAGGGAGAGACUCUGGAGGACAUUUUUACAACACUCUCUGCAUGUGGUGAACCAGAGGGAGGAGGCAGUAAGAACAUGAGAACAAGAGUGCAAGGUUCUCUGGCCUACAGCGCUCCAGAGGUUCUGCAGGGAUCAGAAACCAGCAGGAGCUCUGAUCUCUGGGCUCUCGGUUGUGUUCUCUACUACAUGUACAGCGGUAAGCCUCCUUUCUGUUCUGAUGACAACACUCACCUGACAGAGAUGAUUUUACAGCAGGAACCCCCACCUCUAAAACAGACAGCAUUUAACCCAAAUCCUCCCAGUCAGGAAUUCCAGAAUCUUCUGAAAGGCUUGUUAAACAAAGACCCAACCAAGAGGAUCAGCUGGUCAGAGCUGGUUUAUCAUCCCUUCUGGACACCAGUAAAAGAGGAGGAAGAUGAUGCAAAACAUGGGGGGAAAGAGGAUGAAGAUGCUGAUAGACAUAGAAAGACAUGUGGCCCAUUUCCUGCAGAACAGACAGUCAGUCUGGGCAGUAGCCACUCAGCUAUUAGCCAGCCAGGUGGGGGUGAAUCAAAGAAAACAAAACCCUUUCCUGCAGCAGCAGACACAGGAGCUGAAAGCCAGCAGUCUGUUACACCUGAUGCAUACGCUGGAAGGUUAAAGUCCAGCAAGAGCUCAUAUGAUGAGGGCCAAGUAGAGCCUAGAGUUCUCCCUGAACCCAGAGGAGUGGAGGAGCUGUCCUACACCCCACAGCCCACUAAAUCAUAUAUGACAGGUGAAGUCCUGGAGCUGAAACCAAAGAGCGGGCUAAAUCAGGACAACUCUGAGACAAUCUUUCUGCUCAGUGGUGCUCAUAGCAGCUCAAGAAGUCAAUGCAGCAUCUCAUCAAGCCAGAACUCAGAGCUGGAGGUUGUCCCUGAUCUGGACGUUACAACCUGUGUGAAGCGUCUUCUUUACACACACUCCGAUCUGAGUUUCACACAAAUCAUUGACAAUCCCAAGAUUCUGAAAAGCACUCCUGUACGAUUUGAUGCCAAAAGCCUCUGCGUGCCAGCAUAUUCAGUUGAGAAGCUGCUUUCUCUGAGUGACGAUGAGUGGAAAGGCUUUCUGUCACAACUUCAUUCAUGCCUUGAAGAGAAGCCCCCGUCCAUGCCAGUCCCCUCCUCAGCUGCCCUUCCUCAGUCUACAGCUGUUCGAUCUAAACUCAACCUGCUGUGUUACCUCUGCUGCAUAGCUGGACACACGAUUAUCGCUGACCGCCUGAUUAACUCCACUCUGUUUUCCGCGUUGACUCAGCAACUACGACAAGCUCCAAACUGGAAUUUGCGGAGCAAGAUCCUCAGAGCGCUGGGCCUUCUGGCUCUGCACUGCAGUCAUCUUGAAGAGGACUGCCAUGUUUCUGAGGCUGUGUCAACUUUAACAGACCUGUUGAGGGAUAAUCUCCGGAAUGAUAAACUGAAGCAAGUUCUGCUGCCUCCGCUUGGGGAGCUUCUAUACCUGAUGUCUUUAGAGGAGGAGAAGAGAGGCUCCCCAGAGGGACUGUGGUUCAUUCCUGCUGCCGCCUACACUGGCUUAAUGAGGAGCCUGCGGGAAGGGAAUGAUGCUGUAGUCCACCAUAUGGCUGCAAAAGCCAUAGACAACAUCUCUUCGACUGCCUCUGGUUUCUCUCGUCAUCUGGCCACCACAGAGAUGGGCUCGGCUUUGUGGUACCUGUUCACUCACUCUACUGCGGAGGCCAUCAGAGUCACUGCCAUGUCUUCUCUUUCAAGGCUUUCUCGCUUGGACCCAGCAGUCUUCUUGUCAGUGAUUGACACCUGUGGCCCUGCAGCUGUCUUGGAGGGCAUAGGUGGAGCGGGGUCCAGGGUGCAGCAGCACCUGCUCACAGCCGUGGCCUCUGCCCUCCUCGCCUCACACAUCCACAAACAUCGCAUCACACAGAGCCGGGACCUGGUUCUGAAUGUGCUGCGCUGCUUUGAGAGCCCAUCUGCUGUAACAAGAGCCAAAGCAAUGCUGCUGGUGCUGCUGCUGAUCCAGGACAACACACACAUGCUGCUUUACUGCUGUCAGCACAGACUUGUGAUGUAUUUGGAGAGAGACCUGAGGAAAGCCACCCCAGUCAGAGACAACCCCAGCCAGUCAGGAUACCUCCUUCAGUGUUUGGAUUUGCUGCUUCUGCAUCUGAGUCACGCUGCGCCACUGAUAACAGAGGAUGUCUUGUCUGUGCUGAGAGAUGUUAUUGGGAGGAAACACCCAUCUGCAGCUCAGAGCAGACAGCUUAAACAGACUUUGCCUACAUUUACUGUGGUCCUAGAGCUCCUUUCAUCCCAGGCCUUUAGAGCUCGAAUUGUAACUAAGGAGUUUCUGGUUCAAAUGGGAUUGCUGCUGAACUACAUUAUUUCAGUGGAUUCCAGUGAAACUAACCUGUCCAGUGCUGUAGGUGCUGCAAUAUGCCAAGAGCUGAUUAGGACAUCUCUGUCCAUUGUGGAGGUCCUGAGUCAGCAUCAUACUCUAAUCACUCAGCAUCAUUAUGCUGUUGUGGACGCUAUCCUACCUCCUCUGACAACCCUGGCUUUCAGCAGAAAUGUGGAGUGGUCAGUGUUUGUUUUGAAGGUCCUGUCUGAACUCAGCCUUAUUCUGCUCGUGCAAGAUGAUGAUGAGGAUGAAAGUGAGGACAAAGCAGAAAAGGGAGACUUGGGGGAUAGAGGAAGGACGGGCCAGGUCUUAUCUGUCAUCAUCAAAUCCCUCCUUUCAAGGGUUGAAGAUCUUCUUUGUGCAGCAGAACCUGUCCCGCUCUAUGCGCUCAAGUUGCUCAUAUCAAUGACUGAGCACAGCACUCAGAUCUGCAGGUGGAUUAAUCAUAGCAGGAUCCUGCCAGCUGUAUAUCAGCUCAUCAUGGCAAACAGCAUCACCAGUGGAACAGUCAAGAAUGCAGUCGUCUUGCUGUGUAAUCUUAGCGGAGACACAGUCAAAAAUCAGCAACAACUACAAGAACUCAUGGAGGUGUUGGUGAGCACUCUCUCUGAAGCUGCACUGGUCUACCUUGAUGAAGAAAAGCAUGCUGGGAAGAAGAUCAGCCUGGUUGUCUUACAAGCUCUUCUGGAAAUUCUGAAUAACAUCCUGAAGCAAAUAUCGGUUGUUGUUCGAGCUGCACUGCAGAGCCAGAGGCUAUCUUGUUCAGCAGCAGAAACGGAGGCAGCAGAGAAACUGCUCGUAGCCAACAGACCCCUGAGCCAACUCAGCACUCCCCUCAUCCACAUGCUGUCUACUGACAACCAGGAAGUGUGGGAGGAAUCUAUUCAGUGUCUGUCCUUACUGGCCCAACUAUACGGCGGAGAGGGUCAGGACUGCUUAUCACCUUCAUGCCUACAGAGCUUCUCCCAUCUCCUACGCGCUCACAUGAACACAGAGACCCCCCGAAUACAACGGACAGCUCUUAGGAUCCUCAAACGGCUGAUUCAAACUACAGACCAGCCUGAUUGGUUGAAAUGUCCUGAGGGAGUGGCCCUAACGAAUCUGCUCCAGGAUAUUGCUGCAUCCAACAGGUGCCAUGCUGACGUGACUGUUCUGGCUGCAGAAAUCCUACAAGAGGUCUCUGGUUCCUCCACAGAUUAACGGCAUUUUACCCCCAAUGUUAAACCUGAUGUCUUAAGUUUUUGGAUUGUUCAGAGUUCACUAUAGAGGCUUCAAUGGAUUUGAUGUUUUUGUUUUAAAUAAAUCUUUAUUUUCGCCAGAAUCUAUAUAAACUAAUAAA